AUGGCGUUGGACUGUUCACAGCAUUAUUUCUUUGACGGCUUGGACACCGAGGAGGAUUUUUACAAGUCGACCGCACCGAGCGAGGACAUAUGGAAAAAGUUCGAACUGUUGCCCACUCCCCCCAUGUCUCCCACACGGACCUUUAACGGGCCAGCCCUGCACUUUCCUCUGGGAGACAGACUCAGCUGGUCCAAGUUCUGUGGCCACGAAGACGAAUACGUCCCGAGCAGCAGAGCGGAGCGGUGCGCAAACCUCAGCUCCAUCAUCAUCCGGGACUGCAUGUGGAGCAGCUUCUCCGCCAGUAAGCAGCUGGAGAAGGUCGGAGCUAAAGCUGCAGCGGCGGUGGUGAACUCUGUGGUGAACACUGGCGUGUGUCCGCUCCCGCAGAGAGCGCCCAAAGCCGUUAAAGCGCAGUGCGUCUCCGCCGCCACAGACUGCGUCGACCCCGCGGCUGUUCUCACCAUCCCCACCGCGAACAGCAGCAGGAAGCCGGCUUCGUCGGGCUCAGAGUCUCGCUCCGACUCCUCUGAUGAGGAUGACGAUGAGGAGGAGAUUGAUGUUGUCACUGUGGAGAAGAGUAAGAGAAUGCAGCUGAUGAACGUCCGAAAGCCAGUGACCAUCAGAGUGCGAGCAGACCCCUGUCCCAAACGCUUCCAUGUGUCAGUGCACAGACAGCAGCACAACUACGCUGCCCGCUCCCCAGACAGUGAGCCAGAGGAGGAAGAGGAGGACGAUGAUGAUGAUGAUGAUGAGCCACAGUGUAAGAGGAGCUGUGCCGGUUCAGACGCCUCACUCACCUCCGAUCCAGAGGACAUAGACCGACGCAAGAACCACAACUUCCUGGAGAGGAAGAGAAGGAAUGACCUGCGCUCCCGGUUCCUGGCUCUCAGGGACCAGAUCCCUGGACUGGAGGCCUCCAAGACCCCUAAAGUGGCCAUCCUCACUCACGCCUCAAAAUACCUGAGCGAGCUGCACAACCAGGAGAAACGGCAGCAGCAGGAGAAGAAACGACUCAAAGGCCGACACCAGCAGCUGCUGAGGAAGUUGUCUGAGCUCAAGAGGUUGUGGAGCCCGUCCUUCACCAGUGCCCUUGAGGAGUGUGGGGCUGGUGUAUCCUCCCUCUGCAGCACUGCAUCAGCUGCAUGCCUGCUACCUGAUCUCCACUCUUUCCCUGCACUCACAGCCGUGCCACUGACCUGUACGACGGAGCCCCCAGAAACCAGCAGACCCAACUCAAAGUACCGUGAUGGGGGAUGUGAGCACCGAGACUCACAGCUGCACUAA